UUCUGAAAGUGCCCAAGAACAAACGCCAGAGAAUUCACCACACAAUGCCAAAGGUGUUCAAGAACAAACACCAGAGAAUUCAUCAAAGUACCAAAAUGCCGAAAGUGCCCAAGGACAAAUGCUGAAAAAUUCACUACACAACACCAAAGGUGUUCAAGAACAAAUACCAGAGAAUUCAUCAAAGUACCAAAAUGCUGAAAGUGCCCAAGGACAAAUGCCAGAGAAUUCACUACACAAUGCCGAGAACAAACACCAGAGAAUUCAUCAUAGCGCCAAAAGUGCCAAAGGACAAAUACCAGAGAAUUCACCACACAAUGCUGAAGGUGUCAAGAACAAACAUCAGAAAAUUCAUCACAGUGCCCAAGGACAAAUGCCGAAGAAUUCACCACACAAUGCCGAAGGUAUUCAAGAACACCAGAGAAUUCAUUACAGUGCCAAGAACAAAUGUCGGAGAAUUCACUACACAAUGCCAAAGAUAUUCAAGAACACCAGGGAAUUCAUCACAGUGCCAAGGACAAAUGCUAGAGAAUUCACCACACAACUUCGAAGGUAUUCAAGAACACCAGAGAAUUUAUCACAGUGCUCGAGGACAAAUGCUGAAGAAUUCACCACACAAUGCCAAAGGUAUUUAAGAACACCAGAGAAUUCAUCACAGUGCCCAAGGACAAACGCCAGAGAGAAUUCACCACACAACACCGAAGAACAAACACCAGAGAAUUCAUCACAGUGCCAAAAGUGCCCAAGGACAAAUGUCAGAGAAUUCACCACAAUGCCGAAGGUGUUCAAGAACAAAUACCAGAGAAUUCAUCACAGUGCUAAAAGUGCCCAAGGACAAAUACCAGAGAAUUCACCACACAAUACCAAAGGUGUUCAAGAACAAACACCAAAGAAUUUAUCAAAAUACUGA